AGCCAAAAUGGCUAAAGUGAAGAAUCAGUUACCUUAACACAACUUGCUAACGGACACACAAAAUAAGUCCAGAUAAAGCACAAAUGCUCACAGGCACAGUUCAAAGCUAAGACUGCUUAAUGUUGAGAUGCUGAGUGUAGUUCCUGGGGAAGGAGCUUGGUGGUGCCACUCCCACUGCUUGGGGUGCUAGGGGGUGCACCAAUGCCUCUAUAAUAGCUUGCUGUAAAACAAACGCUGAACCUAUUUUCACUUUUUGUCUUUUCUCAUAAAAGCGAAAAUCCUCUUCAGAUUUCUUUCCAUUAGUGAAAGCAAGUACUAAUGUAUGUCUUUUGUGAAAGCAAGGUGGCAGCAAGUGAACUUUUGGAAAUACCCACUUGUUUGGGCCAGAAUCCAAGCUGGGAAACAGGCAAGAAAGACUUGGUUCCUACCCUCCAAAGAGUUUUUAGUCGUGGUUGGAAGGAAGGGGACAUUCAGGCUGCUCUUGGAGGAGAAGCAAGGAAGGCUUCUUGGAGGAAAUGAUACUUAGGCAGAAACCUGAAGGAUACAUAGGAGUAAACAAGGCAAAGGGCAUCUGGGGAAAAGAGUGUUCCAAGCAGAGAAAACCAGCUGUUCCAUAGUCUGGAAACAAGCAAAGGGUGGAGCAUAGACAGGGCAGAGAUCAUGAGUAUUAAGGGCCAAGGGCAGACUUCCCUAGCUGUCCAGGGGUUAAAACUCCAUGCUUCUACUGCAGGGAGCGUGGGUUCAGUCCCUGCUAGGGGAAGUUCCACAUGCGAGCGGUGGGCCAAAAAAAAGAAAAAAGAAAGGAAAGAGCCAACGGCUUUGUAGGUGGGAGCUGAGGCUUUUUCCCCUAGCUUUAUUGAGGUAUGAUUGACAAAAAUUGUAUAUAUUUAUGUUGUUUGUGAUUUCUUGAGGUGUAUGUGGUAAUGAUUACGAUAUGAAUACAUUGUGAAAUGAUCACCACAAUCAAGUUGAUUAACACAUCCAUUACCUCACGUCCUUACCAUUUUUUGUGUAUGGUGGAGAACAUUUGAGAUCCAAUCUCAACAAAUCUCAAGUGUACAAUACAGUAUUAUUAACUAUAGUCACCAUGCUGUACAUUAGAUCCCCAGAACUUAUGGGUUCUGUAACUUAAAGUUUGUACCCUUUUCCCCCACCCUACCCUUUUCUGUGAGCCCCUGGCAACCACCUUUCUACUCUAUCAGUUUGGCUUUUUUUUUUAGAUUCUACAUAUUUAGGUGUCACACAGUAUUUGUCCUUCUCCGUCCGGCUUAUUUCACUUAGCAUAAUGUCUUCCUGGCUCAUUCAUUUAGAAAAUGGCAGGAUUUCCUCUUUUAAGUCUGAAUAACAUUUCACUAUAUAUAUGUGCAUAUACCACAUCUUCUUUAUCCAUUCAUCCACUGAUGGACACUUGGGUUGUUUCCAUAUUUUGACUAUUGUAAAUAAUGCUGCAAUGAACAUGGGAGUGCAGAUAGCUCUGAUAUACUGACUUCAUAUUCUUUGGAUAUACACCCAGAAGUAAGAUUGCUGGAUCAUAUGGUAGCUCUAUUUUUAAUUUUUUGAGGAACCUCCAUAAUGCCUGUACCACCGUGGAUGCUGAGACUUUAGCGUGGGGGCAGGUGGAGUUUCCAGAAUGUUUCUCACAAUUGCGGGAAUCGUUAUUUCUCUUGGGGAUAGGGCAAGAGAGAAUUAAGGGAAAAUGAAAAGUCUAGGUAAUGCAUAGCAUCCCGGAAGGCCACAGCCAACUUUGGUCCCAUCCACAGGGCUGCAGUUUUCUGAUCAUGACUGGACGAGCGUCACUCAGCGGGGAAGCCCACCUCCUUGCAGUUAGUUAGCCCAUUCGAAGUGAGCCCCCAUUUGUGCUGCGGCCGCCUCUGGGCUAGACACAGAGCCGGGAGACCAGGCCUGAGCAUUCACUGCCCCGGCGGAUGGGCGGGAGAGCACCGUGCUGUCCGCAGGGUGAUGAUGCUGCGGCUGUGCCCUGGCCUGCAGGCGGCGCCCUGCCAUAUAUCUGUCUUUCCCUGCCGGAACUGGGAUGGCCCGGAGCGCCCCGCCCCACGGCGCAGGUUUCUAUUUCCCCGCCGGCCCCACUCUGCGCGGCGGCCGCAAAACUUGCGGGUGAAUGGCGGGCGCGGCGGCGCCAAAGUGGGACUCCUGGGGGGCUGGGCCCAGCGGAGCCCGAAGACGCGCGCGGCUGGCGCUGCCCGGAGCACGGCGACCGCGUGGCUGAGCUCUUCUGUCGCCGCUGUCGCCGCUGCCGCCGCUGCGUGUGCGCGCUUUGCCUGGUGCUGGGCUCGCACCGCGGCCACCCGGUUGGUCUGGCGCUGGAGGAGGCGGUGCGCGUGCAGAAACUCACCCAAGAAUGUUUAAAGAAUUUGACAACCAAGAAGCAGCAGCAAGUUGGCAACAUAACCCAACAAGAUGCUGCUGAGAAGCUCAAGGCUCAUGCAGAGUCAAGUAAAACCUGGCUGACAAGGAAAUUUACUGAACUCAGAUUACUACUUGAUGAAGAGGAAACUCUGACCAAGAAAUUCAGUGAGAAAAACACGCAGCUUGCCCUGCAGGCGUACAGGGAGCAAAUUGAGUCUUAUGGGGAGCAAAUCGAUGUCAUGAACAAUCUCUCCAACAGGGUCUGGAAUACCAGCCAGGAACCCAGUCCUGUACAGCUGCUGCAGAGCCCCACGUGCCCUCGCGCGUACACGGCCGCUGAGCAGCAGAUGCAGCAGCAGAUGAGCCUGGGGGAGUCAUGGCACCCCAUGCCCCACUCCUUUGAGCCCGUCAAGAGCUUCUUUAAGGGCCUUGUGGAAGCCACGCAGAGUCUGCUACAGACGCCACUGGACGUCUGCCUUAAGGCGAACGUGAACUGCCAGCUCUCGGGGUCCUCCGGCGCCCAGCCGGGUUCCCUGCUGAAAACAAGCCCCUCACCAGAGCGAUCACUCUUCUUAAAAUACGCGCGUACGCUCACGCUGGAGCCAGGCACGCUGCACCCGCGCGUGCGCCUCUCGGCAGACUGCUUGAAGGUGCGUUGUGGCUACCACGGCAACCUGGGGCUCAAUCCUGCGCUGCGUUUCGACGCGCUGUGGCAGGUGCUGGGCCGCGACUGCUUCGACGCCGGCCGCCACUACUGGGAAGUGGAUGUGCAGGAGGCGGGCGUCGGCUGGUGGGUGGGCGCGGCCUACGGCUCCCUCGGCGCCUCUGCCGCAGCCCGCUUGGGCUGCAACCGCCAGUCCUGGUGCCUCGAACUAUAUGACCUCGAGUACUGGGCCUUCCACGACGGCCAGCGCAGCCGUCUGCGGCCCCGCGACGACCCCGACCGGCUCGGCGUCUUCCUGGACUACGAGGUCGGCGUCUUCACCUUUUACGACGACGGCAUGACCCACCUGCACACCUUCCGUGCCGCCUUCCAGGAGCUGCUCUACCCGGCCCUGCGGCUCUGGGAAGGGGCCAUCAGCAUCUCCCGACUGCUCUAGGGGCCGACACCUGAGUGGCCGCCCUAGGCUCUCCGCGGCUUUGGUCUCACCCGAUCCGGACAUGGCUGGUCUACUGCCGCCUCUUUCCUUUUUGCCAGGGAGAAGGGGGACAGUGAUGAUAGCCUGGUGGAGGAGACGCAGUCUAGCAGAGGGCACACAGAGGUGGCCCAGCACAGCCAGGGCAUGGUGAGCAGGAGUCCAUACCACGAGGAGGGGACAGGCUGCCCAAGAAGCCAAGCUGCAUACGAGGUGGGACGGGAGAAGUGAAAGGGAGUAAACAGCAGCCAGAAAUGGAUGCCGUCACACUCGAGCUCCUAGCACGUCAAUCUUACGGAUUCUCUGACCAGGACCUUCUUGCCCACCAGACUGAAGAUAUCUUCAGGAGGGUAGCCUUUGGGCUCACCCACCUUCACAGUGAGCAUGUCCAGUGUUAGAAUGGUGCCUUCCGGAAUUUUCACUUUGGCCACCACAGACUUGCCCAGCUGUGGACAAAAUUAAGACUCAGUGCCAGCCUCACAGAAAUAGUUAGCACACGUUGCUUUAUCCCCAAGGUCCCUGAUCAGUUUUCUCGCACAAGGUUACCUGGAUAGCAGGGACUCUGUUUUCCCCCUUCGGUGCCUAGAACAGUAUCUCACACACAGCAGGGACUCGGCCAGUGUGGGGUGGACUCAGAGGAGGGGCCUUUAUAAUAAAGGACUCAGGUUAUGUAGCCAAAGAGAGCCAGAUCCGAAUCCCAGGCAGCUGGGUACAAGCUGUGGCUGAGUUUCUCUGUAAAAUGGGAAAUAACAGUGUCUCUGCCCUGUCAGAUGACUACAAGGAUUCGUGAGAAUAAUGUAUGUAACCUACCUGGAACAUAGACUGCUCUCAGUAAAUUAAAAUUAUGAUUGCUUUUGUCAUCGUCCAGUUCAGCAUCACAUUUUAAACAUGGGGAAACAGAGGUCCACAGAGGGCGGGUAAGCUGGCCAAGGUUGCGAGGAGCCAAGAUGAGAACCUGGGGUUCCUGACUCCUGGCCCACUGCUCGAGGGACACAAACUUUGUGUCCUCCUUGCUCAGUACAGUAGCAGUACAGAGGGUGCACAGACGCUGAGUAUGGAAGGGAGCCUCUUAGGAAGAGGCAGAUAGGCUGGGCAGGUGAGGGGAACAAAGGAGACCUGAAGCUCAUGACCAGUGUUUCUAGGUCUUGCCCAUAGAUGCUUUUCAACAAAGUAUCUAGUCCGAUACUCUGCAUCUUCCAGGUAAGGGCCACGGAAUCAAUUCUGGAAUUUAUGCCAGGACAAAACGUCUGUCGGCCGAUGAUUAUCAGAUUCUGCAUCCUCUGGUACCUCACUGUUUGCCCAGGGAGCCAGGAGGCUCAGAACCAAAUUAAGUGCUCAACUGCUAUAACUCUCAUUCCAGUUUCUGGGCCAAUUCUCUCCCCUUUUCUUGUAUAAGGUAGUUUGUUUCUUUUUACUGUUAUUUUAAUUUCCUGGUGUAUAUGCAUCUUUAAUUUGAGGGCAGCAAGUAGGCCCCACUGGGAUAAAAGAGCACUCCUCUAGCAGGCCUGGUGUUAUAUCUUUGUUCUGGCCCAGACAGCCCGCAGCGUUUGAGGAGUGUCUGCUUCCCUGGCAGCCCCGGGACGUCUGGCUCUAGACUCAGAGGCCGAGCCAGGUAUAGGCCAUGGCUUCCGGGAAGCCCAGAUAGUCAGUGUGCCAGGCAGGGCUCGCGGGCCUCCCCGUCCCCUCUAUCUGAAGGUUAACGCUGCACAGCUCAAACUGCUCCUGAGGGAACGUUUGCGUCAUCCCCCACCAACCCCGUGACAAGCCCCACCCCCAUCAAUCCAUUGCCUCCUUAGGGAUGCCUUGACAUAGCACAGGCCCUCCUUCCACUGCCUCAUGGGGCCCCUCUGCCUGGAUGUCCCUCAAGGAUUACCUACUCCACGGGACCCCAGACUUGACCUACCCGCGUGCCUCACGAGGGGCCCCGGAUACCACCCCCCUUUACCCGGGGUCUAGAGCGCUGGGGCCAGAGGCUUCAGAGACUUAAUGGAAAACUGUAAUAUGCCAGGGAACCAGAGAAACAGCUGAAGUUCCUUAAAUAACCAGUUCCUCCCGCUGCUAAUACGAACCCCAAAAAUCUCAUAGGCUCCGAGCGACAUCCCUGCAUCAUUCCACUGGCCUGGGCUCAGGUAGGGCUGGUACCAACUACCUCUCAGGUAAGCGCAUGCGGCCCCCUCUCAACAGUGGCACCCGGCAGGACAGAAGAACCCACCUUCUCGUUGCAGGCCAUCUCACAGGGCAGCAGCUGCUUGGUCGGGGAGCCCAGGGCCCUCUCCACGAGGCGCACGGACCGCACUAGCUCGGCCAGCUCCACAGGCUCCAGCGAGGCCGAGUGGUCACUCCCCUUCCAGGUCUUGUCCAAAGUUAUGUGACGCUCCAAGACCUUGGCCCCCAGAGCCACUGCGGCCACAGAUAUCACUAUACCUGUUUCAUGCCCAGAAUACCCUAUGGGAAUGUCAGGAAAGAGCUUCUGAUAUUCCUUUAAAAUAGAAAAAGGGAGGGAAAAAAAAGUUAAAUAGUGUGGUACUUUCCGCAUACAUUCUAGAGUCAGGCAGAUCUGAGUUUGAGGCCCAGUAAGCUCCAGGAAGCCUCUGAUGCUCUCUGAGUCUCUCCUUCCCAGGGAUAGCAGUACCUGGUGGGAGCUGCUAUGAACUUGUGGAGGGCACUCAGCACACUGUAAAUGCUCAAAAAUAAUGGCUGCUGUUAUCAGGAACACGUCUGAAGAAUGUUACACACUGCGCAAACCACGAAGAAUAAUAACAGAACUAUAACCAAAUGCCUAAACCCAUUCAGAAAGCAUCUGUCACAUUUAAUUAGCCUGAGCUGCUGAAAGCAAGUAUGCUAUAUGCACAAAUAUCACCAUCAAUAAUACAUACAGCCCAAUCUCAAAACAAUCCUUUGGUGGGAAUGCUAAAUAAUUAAUUGGUUAUCUAUAAUUCACUGGAUGUGACGAAAGACAUUCUAAGUGGAGUGAGCCUUGUCAGUGAGGGUGACCAGAAAGCUUAAGUACAGCAGAAAGACCCAGAUGGGAAUUAAUAGAAGAUAAGGAUGGCUGAGUGGCAAAGGCCUUGAAAACCAGGCUUAAGGGUGUGUGAUGGACAAAGAAGUGCAGGUUGCUAGGUCAGAGGACUCACCCUGCUGUGACAGGGGUGGGCUGGGCCUGGGGGGCAGGCUGGCAAUUUAACUCUGAUGGUGCCCUGCUCUAAAGAGAGAGGAUGUGAGCAUACCUCAGGUGGGGAUGGAAGGGAUAUGGGGACCACACUUCACAAAGGAAGAAAACUGAGGAAAAUAUUUGGCGUCAGACACACUAAAUUGUUAAUUACGGUAAUCUCUGUGGGAUGGGAUUACAGAGGAUGUUCAUUUUGUAUGUUAUAUAUUUCAGGGCUGAAUUUUUUUUUUAAACCAUGUUUAAAUUUAAAAAAUAACAUGAUUUAGAGAUGAGCUAGAAAUGGAGAAAAGACUACAGAACUGGGAGAGACAGAAACUUUAGUUAAAAAGAGAGUAGUGUCAUUUCAAAAAAGGUUAAUUUUUUUUUUUAAGUUAAACAUGAAGACUAAAAAAAUGUAUAAGAGCUUAUAUAAUCAUGGGGGGAAAAAACCCGCAGAAUGUCAUAUACGGUAAUGAAAGAAAAAUAUAAAAGGAAAACUGGUUAAUUGCA